GCGCUUCACGGGGCACGGAAAGGCGCAGGUAGCUCUGCUCGGCUCUAGCUCGCACGUGUGUUUGCACGAGGCAAAGGAGGUCUUUGCCAUGUGCACAGGUAAUGAGCCUAUCAAAGUCCAUUUUCAAAUCCUGACUUUCAUCAAAGCAGUACACUGUUGUUGCAGAAAAGCAACCCCCGCCACCGCACUUUGCCCGACUUAAAUAUCUCUAAUGGCUAACGAAGCUCAUCCUUGUCCCUGUGACAUUGGCCAUAAGCUCGAGUAUGGAGGGAUGGGGCAUGAAGUUCAAGUGGAGCACAUCAAGGCUUAUGUCACCAGAUCCCCCGUUGACACGGACAAAGCUGUGAUUAUCAUUCAGGAUAUAUUCGGCUGGCAAUUGCCCAAUACCAGAUAUAUAGCUGACAUGAUUGCAGGAAAUGGAUACACAACCAUCGUUCCAGACUUCUUUGUAGGGCAAGAGGCGUGGGACCCCUCUGGGGACUGGUCCAUCUUCCCGGAGUGGGUGAAAACAAGAAAUGCCAGAAAGAUCGAUAAAGAGGUUGAUGCUGUCUUGAAGUUUCUGAAACAACAGUAUCAUGCCCGGAAAAUUGGCAUCGUGGGAUUCUGCUGGGGUGGAGUUGGUGUCCAUCAUGUGAUGCUGAAAUACACAGAAAUCAGGGCAGGAGUGUCUGUCUAUGGCAUCAUCAAGGACUCCGAAGACGUGUACAACUUAAAGAAUCCCACGUUGUUCCUUUUUGCUGAAAACGAUACUGUGAUUCCUCUUGAGCAAGUCUCUCUGCUGACCCAGAAGUUGAAAGAACACUGCAAGGUGGAAUACCAAAUCAAAACGUUUUCUGGGCAAACUCACGGGUUCGUGCAUCGGAAGAGGGAAGAUUGUUCUCCUGAAGACAAGCCCUAUAUUGACGAGGCGAGGAGGAAUUUACUUGAGUGGCUGAACAAGUAUGUCUAGUGGUGACCACAUGCAAACCUUCUCGAAAUAGCUUUCAUCCGGAAAUUUGCUUUCAAAUACUUAGAUCAUUUGAUUUAAUUUUCACUCUGUAUAAAAUAAAUCAAGCAAUCUGUAAAUUCUUUAUUUCAUCUGAACCACAAAUUCAGUAGGAAAUUUUAAUUAUGAAAUAAUUUAAUUUUUAACAUGUCAAAUAAAAAAUUUAACAACAGGUCAGUUCCUGAAGAAUUGAAUGAUAGAGUAAUAGCCUAACGAUUAGUAAAAACUCACAGCUCUUCAAGGAGCAGCUGACAGCUCAGGGUGGCCUUCCCCUCCUUGAGUUGAGCAUGUCCCUUAGAAUGACUAAUGUGGCAGAGCCGUGAAAACAUGACCUGUAACCUCAGGGGGAUUAACGUCCCUCGUCAAUCAGACGUGGAUCUUCCCGUCUUCAUACAGAUGAAUUUGUCACGUUCAUGUAAUUCGCUAUGAAAAAUAUUGAGAUUAGAAUAGGGUUGCAUUGACCUAAUUAUAUCAAGCUAAUAAACUUACUUUUUGAAUUUUUGAA